CUGCCUUUAUGCUGCUUUCAAAGACUGUAUAAAAUGUUUUUCUAGUGUAGACAGUGGACUUAUGGCUCAAUAAAUUUAAAUUUAAGCAAAUGUUGUUAUAUUAUUUUGUUAUAGUUUUCAUGCUGAUGUGUCUGCACUUGUCACUACCUUAUUAAUCACCAGAGCAGCUUUCACUGGUUUGAAUAUCAUACGAUCAUAACAGAAGCACUGUGGACAUACAGUCACUGAUGAAGCAACGGCAGCAACAACAGGGUUCCAUUGUUUUAUGGGUCCUGGGUUAUUCUUAAAAGUUACUCCAUCCAUGUUUAGAUCCAGAAAUACACUGUCGCAGUUAGCUGCUAAUUCACACACAUUCCUAAGGAUAUACACUUUUAUGGUUUCUUUAGUAUUUUGACGUUCCAGACAUGCUGUAAUUUCAAAAAAGGAGAUUUUACGGGCACAAGUGAAGGCAGCAGAAUAGUCCCGUGGUGACGUCACGUGGAGCCGUUGAGUCAGUCAGCUGAGGGAGGAACUCCGACAACAGAAAGUCAACCAGGAAACAGGCUGCUAAAUUGACCCGUCGGCCGGUUUGACACACCGAAUUCACGUUAGGAAAAGCCCACACUAAAUUAGUACAGGAUUUAUAUUUGAUAUUUAACUUUUUUUUUUUUUUUUUAACAAAGCAGCGACAUGGCUUCUUCCCUUUUCAAGAAGAAGACUGUCGAUGACAUAAUCAAGGAACAGUCCAAGGAGUUGCGUGGCACUCAGAGACAGAUCACCAGGGACAGAGCAGCACUGGAGAAACAAGAGAAGCAAAUGGAGGCAGAGAUCAAGAAAAUGGCAAAGAGUGGUAACCGGGAGGCAUGUAAGAUCCUCGCCAAACAGCUGGUCCAGCUGAGGAAGCAGAAGAACCGGACGUACGCCGUCAGCUCGAAGGUCACCUCCAUGUCUACGCAGACUAAGGUCAUGAACUCCCAAAUGAAGAUGGCUGGUGCUAUGUCCACUACAGCCAAGACAAUGCAAGCAGUGAAUAAAAAAAUGGAUCCACAGAAGACCCUGAAGACAAUGCAGGACUUCCAGAAGGAGAACAUGAAGAUGGGCAUGACCGAGGACAUGAUCAACGACACUUUGGAUGACAUCUUUGAGGAGUCUGGAGAUGAAGAGGAAUCUCAGGACAUUGUCAACCAGGUUCUGGAUGAGAUUGGCAUUGAGAUCUCAGGAAAGAUGGUGAGAGCUCCAGCUGCAGGAAAGAGCAUCCCUAGUGCAGCCUCGUCCUCCAAACAAGCCACCAUCUCUGACGACGAGAUUGAAAGACAGCUCCGAGCUCUGGGAGUGGACUAACUGUCUUCUCUGUGUUAAUGUUCACAUUAUUAAACCAGUGCAACAUUAAUACUGAGAGAUACAGACUCUGCUAGGCAUAUUGGUUUUGUCAUGAUUUAAAUGCUACAGGUAUAACAAAGGGUGCACACACACACACACACACACACACACACAUAUACACAUUCAGAAGGUAUAUAUUAACAUACAUAUUCUCACAGUCUUCAGCAGGUUGCCUUACAGAUGAUGAGGGCAAAACUUGAUCUAUUUAUGCAGAGUUAUUUAUUAUGACACAUGCGUGGCUACAGCCUGUUGGUGGACCAGUAAUUGAUGCUUGAUCUAAACAACCACCUACACUGUUGUUUACCAUCCAUCUCUGCCUUUACAAGUGCUACAGUGUAUAUAUGACCUGACAGUGUGAACUUUUCCCAUUGGAUGCUUGGACAAAUUUGUUAAUUAUAUAAACUAUCAGCUUUUACCUGACUGAAGAUGGGUGGCCUUUCUCCAGCGAGUUUUCAAUGAGUAAAACUCCAGUGAGUAAAGCUUCGUGGUUCCUACUCACACUUUUUACCUUCUUUCUUUGUUUUCGCAGGCUAAUUUAAAACCUAUCUGCUGUGCUUCUACUGAGGCAAACUAUGUUUGUCAAGGCAUUCUCUGGCCAAGGUUUCCAUUAUUGUUUGGAUACAGUGCUGUUUGAUUCAUUUGUCAUCCUGGGUUAUCUGAACUAGGACACAUGCAAGUGAAAGGGAGAAAAUGCAUCAGCACUGAGUCAGUUACUAUCACCAACCAAAGACAGCAACUGGUCAUUAGUGAGUUAUCAUGGUUUUAAGAUCUGUAGGGACGCUGCCAUAGAUACUGGAGACAGAUAGAUGCAUGUAAAAUGUGUACGUGACAUUGAUGCCUUUGGGCUAGAACAAGCCCUUGACUUGUAAGAGAUGGUGAUAUUGAUCAGAGAGCAAACUAGCAUCUAAUUAGUGCCACUGUGGUUGUGAUGUUGCACAGUGUCUGACUUAACUCAAUCAAGCGCAGUUUAGGACGAAUGAAGACUGGCAUAUCAAUGAUUUGUGAAUCAGCCGUUUGAUGCUACCGAGUAAUCAAAUGAGUUUUUUGGCUUCUUGCUAUCUGAUUGUGUAUCUUCUGUUGGACUUGGGAAUUACAUAGUGAUUGUAGGAUAGCACUGGUCCUGCAGUCUCUCUUCUCUUUCAGCUGCUGUGCAGUUAUUGUCAUUUGUUAUUUGAAGCUGCCUCACUCACAAACAUACACAGACACUACAGCAACAGAAUGAUGGAAGUGUUUGCUUAAAUGACACUGUGACCCUCCUCUUCAGAGCUGAAACUGAUUUCUCUGUACAGUGAUUUGUUAAUGUCAGCCAGCUUCAGGCUUCAUGAGAGCAACAAAGGUUUACGCUAAUGUUAAUGUAGUCUUUAAGUUUCUCUCUCUCUUUCUCUGGAUUUUUGUUUCGAUAUUGAUUCCCAU